AUGCGCCCUCACCUUCUCUCCUCCACCAUUGCCAUGCCACCUUCCUCCUCCCUCCGAAAACCCGCCGCCGCUGCUUCCGGCAAACCCCUCCACCCCCCGUCGCAUCCCCCAAGCUGUCCCUCCCUCUGCCGGCAGUCCCCGUCCGCCACCCUCGACCUCCUCAUCUUCGCCCUCGUCCUCUUCUCCGGCGCCUUCCUCGUCGCCUCAUACCUCUCCUACCUCCUCCGAUCCCUCUCCCUCCUCCUCCCCCCUUUAUCCGCCCUAAUCUCCCAAUCGUGCCGCCACCUGAUCUCCUCCCUGCCCCAACCCAACCUCCUCCUCCCCGCCCUCUUCCUCCUCUCCCUGGCCGCCUUCGCCGCCACCUUCGAGAUCUGCUGCGGCCGCCGGUCGCAGAGGUGCGGGCGGAGCGGGUGCCGGGGCCUCAACAAGUCGAUCGAGUUCGAUUUGCAGCUGCAGGGAGAAGAGCUACUGGUGUUGGGGGAGAGGAGCAAAGCCGUGAGGGAUGUGAACGCGCUGCCGUGGAAAGGGGGCAGCGAGGAUAACCCGGACUACGAGUGCGUGCGGGCCGAGCUGCGGAAGAUGGCCCCACCCAACGGGCGGGCCGUGCUUCUCUUCUGCCUGAGGUGCGGGUGCCCGGUGUCGAAGCUCGAGGGGUGGGGUCCCACUAAACGUGGACGGCGUCACAAGAAGAAUUUGGCUCUUACGGGUGUUCGCUAGCCAUGCUGGACUCGUCGCUUGAAGAGCGUUAUUAGUAUUUUCUUCUUUUUAGGUUUAAUUUCCUACUGAAAUACUGUAUAUUAGCAGCAACACUUGUCUUUUCCAGAGUUAAACAUUGCCACAUCAGGAAUAGUCUCAGUGCCAGCUCAACUGUAAGAACUUGAAGCUGAGCCCUUAGAAAAUUAAUGCAGAAUAGAAAUAAAUUGAUAAGUUUUCCUCAGACUUUGUGUACUUUUUGUAGUGUUACAUGUAAGGUAUUUAUGUUGUGUUGUGGCUCUUUGUGUUGAAUGAGCUUCAAUACUGACCAACAGCGAAGACCAAUGUUUUACCUUUGAAUAGUACUCUUUCUUACUGA